AUGCCAGUCAGCGGCAUCGGGGAGUAUCGCCUCGGUAGAAGUGCGUCACGGGACGAGUACGUGGAGCGACUUGAAAUGUACUGCGAAGCCAACAAGCUUUCGAAGGAUGAAGAAAAGCGUCCUGUUUUACUCAGCUCCUGUGGAGAAGAAACGUACAGUCUCAUCGUGACGCUGGUCAAACCCGAAAGGCCAACUGCUGCAGCCUACGAGAAGAUCAAGAAAGCGGUCCGAGAACACAUGCAUCCGAAGCCGUCAGUGCUGUACGGUAGAUUUUUAUUUUACAAGCGUAACCAAGCGCAAGGCGAAAGCGUCGCAGAUUACGUGACAGCGCUGAGAAGACUGGCUGAAAACUGUGGCUUCGGAGACGACACGCUUCCUAUGGACGAGAUGAUGCGAGAUCGUUUCGUCUUCGGUAUCAGCAACGAGGCUGUGCAGCAACGCCUACUGGCAGAAAGGGACCUGACAUUCACUGUGGCGUACGAUAUGGCCGUGACAGCGGAAGCAACCCAACGGCAGCAACGAGAAAUCAGGACACAGAGCCUCAGCGACGCGAACUGCAUAGGCGACGCGGCCGUCCACGAAACGCGCCCAAAGGAGCCAGCUGCGUCCAGAGAUGGCGUCUGUUACCGCUGCAACGGAGAUUCGGUCUACGCCCGAUGCUUCGCUGCGGGACCGCGAUGGAAGUUGGCUGAAGUAAUCAAAGUGAAGGGUCCUGUCUCCUAUCUAGUUCGGAUGGCAAAUGGAGACGUGCACCAUAGGCAUCGCAACCAACUGAGGCGCGCAUGGCCGACGGAGAAGCCUUCAGAGCCACUACCUGACUACCACUUCCGGCUUCCUCCGGUACAAUCACCUGUCGAUGUGGAGCCUGGCAUCACCAGCCCAAGUCCUCUCUACACGCCCGAGGGACCCGAGCUGAGAAGAUCUACACGAACUCGUAGACCAGUCGUUCGUUUUGGCUCCAGUGUUUAG